UUUCAGCUGUCAACCUGAACGGAAGCAGCCGGAUUGAGCGCAAAGCCGUGUGUGUCUGGUCCACCGAAAUUUAUCACGACCGCCGCAAUUAAGACUCGACGACAACGACGACAACGACUCCCGCUUAGGAUCACCCAGGUCGGCUUGGUUUCCCACCCGCUUCGCAACCACCACCCUCCGAUCCUCACCCAUCCCCCCGACGAAGGGGACACCCACCUCCACCAUCCCGAGGCCGUUGCCUCCAAAUCUCCAAACCCAAACCCCACACCCACCCGGUGGGAAAGACCAAAAAAAAAGAAAAAAGGAACCAACCAUCCAACAUGGGCAUCCACUCGGUAGCCAACGCCUGCGCGCACCUCCAAAACGCGACGCGGGCGCACCUGGGGCUGACCUCGAUCCCCAACACCAAAUACAACCUGCGCCUGGCGCUCGCCCUGCACCGUGCAGGCCUGAUCGGGGCGGUGCGGCGCGGGGGCCCGCGCCCGCCGGGGCCGGAGGAGGAGCCGAACGAGUCGGAGGCCGUGACGACGGCCAACGUGGCGACGCGGCGGCUGUGGCUGGGGCUCAAGUACUGGGACAACCAGCCCGUGGUGCGCAACCUCGAGGCCGUGUCCAAGCCGAGCCGGCUCGUCUCCGCCUCCGUCUCCGACCUCAGCCGCGUCGCCCGGGGGUUCUCGGUCGGGCCCCUCAAGGGCCUCACCCUCGGCGAGACCAUGUUUGUGAGCACGGACCGCGGCGUCUUCGAGAUCCGCGAGGCGCUGGCGAGGAAGGCGGGCGGGUUGGUGCUGUGCCGGGUUUCAUGAGGGGGGUUGAGGGCAUGGGCUGUGUGUCGUGGGCGUGUGGUUCUGUGGGCGUUGAUCGGGGCUGCGAUCGAUCGAGAACGUGGGAAAACCGGAGGAAUACGGGCGUAAGGGAUGGGAGGUUAUGUACGAUACAUGCGGGCGAGGAGGAGCUAUCGGUGUUAGCAAGUGAUGAUUUGCAAGGGCAACGCAAACAUCUCCACCGCGUCCAGCUUCCGUAGUUUGGUCUCGCCGACAGCAUGCACGGCCUAGAGUUGUAGCCAAAUGUAUCAUAUUCCAUCAU